UGUUUUUCCUAAUAUCCUAAUUUUCCUUUUUUUCUUCAGCAAAAAUUGGAGCUCCAUCUCUCAAGAUGAUACAAAGCAACAAAUCAAUACAGUUGAUACUCCAAGCUCCAAAUUCACCAUAUAAAAAUAAAGAAGGAAGAAACAUAUCAAUACAACAUUACUAUGAGCUAGUAUACCGAAUGUCUGUAGCUAAUAAUUCCCAAGACAAGAAGCAAAAAGUUUAUGAAGGCCCCAGUCACGAAGUUGAAAUGGAUAUGAUAUUUGGUUCCACCAACUGUUUAGUUGCAGAAAUAUAUUUGCCUGAUAUAAACCGAAGCAGUGAGAGCACUGAAAUCUGUAUCUUCACGACUCAGAGAAAGGAUACAGAAUAUGAUCCUCUCGGAAAUGCCAACAGCACAUAAAUUGAUGGAAUGCGGUAUUCCUAAAAAUUGCUCAGAUUUAAAGAUGGUGAUUACAAAAGCCUGGAAGAAAUAAUCAAGCAAAAUGCAAAAAUAUAACUUGUCUGUCCUUAUAUAUGUUUCUCUUAAUUGCUAAAAAUAUAGGAAUGAAAAUAUGAAAGAGUUGUUUGUCAUUAUUCU